UCCUGAAACUGGUUUAACACACCAAAGCACUGAUGUGGAACAAAUCUGAUCUGCAUUGAACAGACAUUUAGUUGCUGCGUUUAUCAAUACUUUCUUGAUUAGCUUUUUGCUUCACAGCUGAAAGUAUGACAGGUGUGUUCUCAUACAUCUAACUAUACACUCAUGUUGCCAUGAUACGCCAUCUGGCAUUCCUCAGAUAUGGACAAGUGUGGUUUGGUAUGUCUCUUGAUAUUCGCUGACUGGAGGAAUGUGACUGGACCGCACACUGAUGGAGUGACUCAGCUGACCACUUCCUGUGUCUGUGAUCAACAAAAUCACAUUUUAGUGCCUGAGGAUAAGAGGCUGCCUACAGCUGAGUGUGUCCCAUUGUUGGCAGAGAACAGUCCCCUCUGUUGUUGCAUGCUGAGCGAUUUCUGGCUGCAUUUCUGCUGUUUGUGUUCAGUAAAGAAUCUCACAUGAUUUAUGAUUUACUCUCCUGAAAUUGUUCUGUGCAUGUUUUCUGUUCUAUUGUGAGUGGGACUCAGCCAUGUGUCUGUUUCAGCACAAAAAUGGGUGUGACCAACAGGAUCUCACAUUGUAACAGUGACAUCUAGUGGAUAUGCAGGGUACUGUGCCUCCAGGCUGUAUUUUUCAAGAACAAUAGAGACCCCCCUUUGUGUCCGCUCUCGCCGUCUCUCCUUGCUCCGGCCCUCCCUCCAUCCCGCUCCUUUUGUGUCUCCAUCUCUCUGGGUUCCCCCGGCUGAUUCAUCCUUCCCGCGUCGCUCCAGUGUCUAUUCCUCCUGUGUUUAAAUCCCAGCCCCACCGAGAUGAGCGUGGAGCCCUGGGCCAGCCCGCAGGACCAGGCAGCCGCUGAGCACCCUCACAGCACCUCGCACACAGCAUCCUGCGAGGACCAGGAGCAGCACCCCGACAAACUGUGCCUGGACUCGUUCUGGAGUGAGGUGGAGACCAUCCGACAGGGGAGUGGCUACACAGACCUCGAAUGCUCCAGGAGAGACUCCAGACAAUCAGAAGAAGGCGAACAGGAGGAGCAGUGGUUGGUCGAUGCUGGUUUGUCGACCCUCAUCAGCGAGGACAGCGAGGAUGUAGACAACGCGGUGCUGCUGUCCACUCUGACCCGGACCCAGGCCGAGGCCGUCCAGCGGCGCCUGGACUCCUACACGCUGUCCCUCCGCAAGAGGAACAAACCGGCCCCUCGAGACGUCCGCGACAUCUUCAACCCCUCCAUCUCCAAGACCCGUUUGCCUGAUUCCCAUCAUAGUGAAGACUCUGCCCACAACAGCAUGGCAUCACUUCCCAAAUCCCCUUUAUCAGCUGUCCCGACGGAGCAUCAGCGAGGCGCUCCUAAAGAGGAGUUCUUCAUCACCGACGUGGCUUACUGCGAACAGGCCGUCAUCUUCCUCAAACAGGCCAGCCUGCCGCAGAACAACAGCCAGCGCAGGAAAGUGGAUUGCACCCUGCCUCGGGUGAUCUGCCCCAAGUGCCGUCUCGGAGUAACUCGUGUUCAGGAUCUGUCGCACUCUGACAUGAAGAAGGUGCGUCAGUUGGCUCUCAUCGACAUGACAGCGCUGUGCGACCUCUUAGAGCUGGAGGUCAAAAGGCAAAAACACAGCAAGAGGAAAAACACAGAGAGCCCGCUGUACGGGGUGCCGCUGGCCACGCUGCUGGAAAACGAUCAGAAAAUGAAGCCAAACACCUCAAUUCCUCUCUACAUGCAAGCGUUGUUGUCGUUUUUGGAGAAGAAGGGCGUUGAUUCGGAGGGGAUCCUGCGGGUUCCAGGAUCUCAGUCCAGAAUCAAGAUGCUGCAGCAGAACUUGGAGACAAACUUCUACUCGGGGCAGGUCAGCUGGGACGACGUGAGUCCCAACGACGCCGCCGCGCUGCUCAAGAAGUUCAUCCGGGAACUGCCCGCCCCGCUGCUCACCCCCGAGUACCUCAACACCUUCAGUGCCGUCAGAGACAUCACAGAGCUUAGGCAGAAACUCCACAUGUUGAACCUGCUCAUCCUGCUGCUGCCUGAGCCCAACAGGAACACACUAAAGGCCCUCCUGGAGUUCCUUAGCAAGGUGGUCUCCAGGGAGAGGAAGAACAGGAUGAACCUCUGGGCUGUAGCCACCAUCAUGGCUCCCAACCUCUUCCUCCACAAGGCCGUCCCCAGCAGGCUGACGGAGGGCGCGGAGAAAGGACACGCAGAGAAGGCCGCUGACGUCAUGAGGCUCCUCAUCCGCUACCAGGACCUGCUCUGGACGAUUCCUAACUUCCUCAUGAGCCAGGUGCGUAAGCUGAAUGAAAACAGUAACCGGCGUUACCAGUUCUACGAUCGCCGCAUCAAGAACCUUCUGAGGAAGAUCCACACAGACAGCCGAGACAAAACGGAUAAGAACACGUCAGAGCUGUGUCGUACGGUGAAGAUCCAGCUCGGGGAUCUGGUGAGCGGCACCUUGGAGUAUCAACUCAACAUCAACUCUCGAGCCUCAGACUUGCUCACACAGUUUCAGCGCCAAUCCCUCCGCAGCCCUGACAACGGGAAGGGCAAAAUGAGAAGAAACGGCUCUGUGGCGUAUCCGGACUGCGCCCUGUUCGAAGUGGGAGGGAACAUUGGUGAGCACUGCCUGGAUCCCGACACACACCUUCUGGAUCUGUUCAACAGUAACUCAGGAGGAGAGUGGGUCAUCAAGCUAAAGCCCAACGCAGGCCGAGGGCUGUGAAGGACGGACAGAUCGGGCAACAGCUCGCCAAAGCAAAGGACACAGGCACAGCCUAAAACAAAUCCACGCAGCCCUCUCCUCUUGUCAUUUUCAUCCUGGGAGCAACAAGAGAAAGCAGACAGAUGGAGGACGCAGGAACAGAGAGAUGGAGAAUCUGCCAGGAGCAGAAAGAACUGUCUAUGAACACACUUUGCUCUCUUUCUCUCCCCCUCCGCUUUUCUCUAUCUCUCCAUUUUCCUCCUCUUUUCCUCGCUUCGCUCCAUCACUCCUCUCCUGCGUUACCACGGCGCUGCGAGCAGAAAGCGGUUGAUGUGACUCAUUACUUCCGACAGAGAACCUGCUGCAUAGAAAAGAGAGGAGGGCAGUUUGGUUCGCCAUCUUUUCUCUCAAGCAAUCAUCCCCAACCACGAGGGGCAGAUGGGGGUGCAGAGCUCCACGAGGCCCCCCCCCCCCCCCCACCUCUCAGGCCAGACUGGACACAUCGUGUUAUAGAAACCUGGGUUUUUAUUCAUCAGUGUUUGGAAUAAGCUGAAACAGGAUUCAAGUGUUUAACAACCAUAUUCUUUGGUAUAAUGGUGUCUAUAAUCUUGCCACUUGACAGUAUGUUUUCAAAAAUAAUUAUACAGGAGAAAACAACAUUUAUUGUGAGAUUCAUUCUAGACUCAAACUCUUUUCUCUUAGCCCUCCUUCAGAAACCAGGUUUCUUGUUUACUUGGCGAUAGAGAAAUUAGAUGAAUGGAAAAAUCUGACUGUAACAUGGUCAAUUGAUUGAUGUCAUUCCGAAUAUAGGUCUCCGAUGUGAUAAGUAAACACAAUGACUGUAGUAGAUAUCUGCUUAAUGUAGGAUAUGGACAGAAGACAGGUAUCAUGUUCUGCAUUUUCAAUUAUAUACUGAUGAUUAAAAUCCAGCAACACGAGAAAAUCUAUUGAAAACUGAUGAUGAUGGAACAGAAGCUAACCUGGAAACGGAGCGGGACUUCAGCUCUUUGUAAGAAAACAGUUACCAACACCUUCAACGUCUCCGCUGAUCGCCUUCAGGCCGGAAACUUUGUCUCAAAGUAAACAAAGACGGAGGAUUGCUCUGUUCUAUAUCUGUGCCAUUCAAAGAGACUACGAUGAACUGACAUCUUCUUAUCUGUGAAACCUGCCAUCUCCUGGGCCUUAUGAAAAAAAUCCAUGGACUUCCAAGGCCCCCCUGACCUGUAAGGAACAAUGCUCAAAGAGACGUUUCCUUUUUUUUUAUAUACCAAGGGAUUUGGUGUCACGACCUCAAGUACACCUCUAAAGGGAGAAAAGGACCCACAGUGAAGCUGGUCUUCAGUUUAAACACAUGAAUGGAGCCAAAAGUGCUGAAGUGACUCUUUGGGGGUAAACUGGGAUUAUUCUUGUUAUUUAUAUGAAUGUAAUGCCAUUGUUGCUUCUGUAUUUGAUGAGUAUUCUGUAGGCUAGAGAGGCUGUAGGAAGUUGCUGCACUCAGUGUAACAGUAUGUUGUGUGAAGUGACCCAUACUCAGUGUGGGAAUGUGCAGUGUUCUUGUACAUAUUUCUCGAAGCUGAGAUGUGUUUUUUUAUGGAUCUCUUUACAUCCUAAACAGUAUUGUAUGAUUAAUGUCAUUUGUAAAUAUCCAUUCAUACACCGCUGUGAAGAAGUACUGAAAUCUCUGUCUUUAUCGUGGAGCAAAUGAACGUGUAUUACAUUUUUAGCGCCGAUCGUCAGAUGUGAAUCAUUUACUCCUCGCAGUCGGAGCCAUGUUGAAGCUCGGCGGCCAUUUUGUGGGAAGUGCCUCGCACUCUCCGCUCAAUAAAUGGCGUAAUAACAGCGGGCCCUGCACCAACAUCUAUCAACACCCUCUGCUCCAUCUCUGUCACCUCCCAAUAAUGGCCCAUAAUGGCGGUGCGGUGCAUGCAUCAGAAACAUGCCGAGGAAUCACAUUUCUUUGAUAGAGGAGGGGGUAAUAAAUGGCUGCUAUAAAUUCUGCUGCCCCCCUGGACUUGGUGUGUGUGUGUGUGUGUGUGUGUGUGUGUGUGUGUGUGUGUGUGUGUGUGUGUGUGUGUGUGUGUGUGUGAUGAGCUUCAUUACACAAGUCCAAUUGGCCUGUCCCAGGUCCCAGCACAGUUCAGUGCCUCGGCACAAAGCGAGCUGAUGGAACUGCCUUCUGCUGACAAUCAGGAGAACUAGGUCACCUCUGAGGCAGCAUCCCAGAGGGCGAGGGCCCCCAGGAGCCAGGCACACGGGCACCUAUUGUGUAAACACACGUGACAACACACAGCAUGAUGUGGAGUCACCAAAAACAGGGGGCACGAGGUCACACACUGCACCGAUUCUCUGUUGUGUUUGUAUAUACUGUAUGUGGAUGUGUUUGUGUGUGAGAGAAUGAAGGCUUCCUUUGGGGCAGAUAUCUCUGAAACAGUGUUAUCUAUCUGAUCACCCAUGGAGACUAAAUGAUGGACAGUUACAGGAACAUCUGUGGACCUCUCCUCAUCUUCAUCAUGGUGAAGAUUUUAGACGUCAGGCAGCAGACGGCAGAAUGUAUAUUUAUGCCCUUUACACAAGUCAUUGUUUUUACUACUUCUGUGAAAAUAGUCUUUGCUGUAGAAAGAAACACUUUUGAAAAAUGUUUUUGUCAAUAAAUGUG